AUGAGCUCAGAAAGCCAAUCACGAGAGACUACCAAGUGGUCUCUCAUGUUCAGAAAUCUGUCAUGGACUGAUAGAAUAUUACCAUUUACCAUUAUAUUAUCUAUCAUUAUCGGUGUUCUUGUUUCCGAGUAUUCAAAGGAUGCCAGAAAGUAUUUUGAUUCUUCUACAAGUGCUACCUUCGUAGGAGUGUCGAUUCCGCUAGUUAUUGGUAUGAUAGUAAUGAUGCUUCCACCAUUAUGUCGUGUGGAGUGGGAAAUGCUAUGGACUUAUGUUAGAAAGCCAGAAAUUAAGAAACCAAUUAUUUAUUCGUUAAUUUUGAAUUGGCUAGUUUGCCCAUUUUUGAUGUUUGGCUUAUCAUGGCUUGUGUUGUUCAAAGAACCAGAAUAUCGUGAAGGUGUAAUUAUGAUAGGUAUGGCAAGAUGCAUUGCUAUGGUAAUUACCUGGAACCAAAUCGCAGGAGGUGAUAAUACAUUAUGUGUUGUAUUGGUGAUUAUAAAUUCUGUGUUACAAAUGAUUCUGUAUGCUCCAUACCAAAUUUUCUUUUGUUACGUUAUAACGGGAGGCUCUUACUCAAAUGUGUCAGCACUUUAUUCAGAUGUGGCUAAAUCGGUCGGGGUAUUUUUGGGUAUUCCAAUAGGUGCUGGGUUUUUGAUUAGAUUCAUCUCAUUUUCUAUUUUUGGAAAAGAAGUGUUUAUCAAUAAAAUUUUACCAUUUAUAAAUCCAUGGGGGUUUAUUGGUUUCCACUUCACAAUUAUUGUUAUAUUUUUAGGUAAUGGACAUAAUUUCUUGCAACAUAUUGGAUCUGCAUUUUUGUGUUUUGUUCCAUUAGCACUUUAUUUCCUAAUUGCUUGGUUCGGUACAUUUUUCCUAAUGAGAGUUCUGACGAGAACGAGAAAAUCAUUUGAUAACAUUGAUUCAGAGGACAGUAAUGGGUGUAAUUGUGAAAAGGAGAAAUUACUUCAGGAUGAUGUAUAUGGUAAGAACACUUGUGACGCCAAUUAUGCGAUAACUAUGACUCAGUGCUUUACCACUGCAUCAAAUAAUUUUGAAUUAUCGUUAGCUGUUGCUGUUUCCUUGUAUGGUAAUGGUAGUAAACAAGCAAUUGCAGCAACGUUUGGUCCUUUACUAGAAGUUCCAAUUCUUUUAUGCUUAGCAAUUCUCUCAAGAUAUUUCGAACAUAAAUUUAUUUGGUCACAUAAACCAGGAGUAAGUCCAAGGUAA